AUGACUGAUGCGAUCAUGUGGUGUAUUGGACUUGUCAAAUUCCAUGCUAGUACGAGUGCUCCUAGCGAUGUGGAUGACGAGGUCUUGUAUACCAGAAAGUUGAUGGAAGGGCUGAACGAGUGUCCUAAGGCAGUACGACGCACUGUAAAUAGGGCUCUCCACGAUAUUAUGCAUCCAGACCAGUGUGGGUUUAAACAACCCGAGAAGGUCAAGAGAUGGAAGGGGUGGCCUAAGGGGGCUAAAUUAAAGAAAAAAGCAGAGGCCAGCAUUCUUGCUCAUGAACAAUCCCUACAGAAAAAAGCCGAGGCCAGCACUCUUGCUCAUGAACAAUCCCUACAGGAAAAAGCAACACCUAAUGAGUGGGAUUACAGGGACGAGGCUCAAGGAAAGUCGACCACAGUUACUAGCGAUUCAAGUAAGAAGCGCCCCUCGUCUUCAUGUGGUCGUACAGAUGCAUCCACAGGACGUCCUUACAGGAAGAAGUUGGUCCCCUCCAAUCCUGGACGUCCUAUCGGGGAUUAUGCUAAUGAUUUCAUUGAUCUUAGUAUCUUAGAUUAG